AAAUCUCAGCUGGUCUGCCCGACUGGCUGCGGCCUUUUGCUUUGUGUUGGGGCGUCGGGUCACACCGAGGUUCUUGCCAUUCCAGAACUUGUCCAGCAUCGCAAAGCUGUGUAAAUCAUGGCAAGGUCCACGCUGGCAGCGAACGUGGUGCCCGACCGCAUCCAGCUGUCCAAGAAGAAACACCAGGAGUUGACUGACAUGGCCGACGGUAUCAUUGCCGAGACGCUGCACACGUACGAAUACUUCGUCGCCAAUGGCCGUCAGCUCCCCAGUGACCAGUGGAAACACGUCAAAAGCAGGGAAAAGGUCCGUGUCUUCCGCACGCGACGCGGCAAGCUGCAGAAGAUGCACAGUCAGUCGCACGACGAGAAGGACCCGAGUCGACCGAGACUCAUGUCCGCUGGCGCCAUGGAGCAGCACCAGCGGCAGGCGGCGGCGUACGGCAGACCGUACGCCUAUGACGACCCAAUUCCUGAUGAGGAGGUCAGUACCACCACCAAUAGUUCGUCCAGCGACGCCGGAUCCUUCUCGCUGUUCGAGGACAGCGUGCUGGCCAAGGUGAAGCCAUCUCAUGUACCACUCAUGGUCGCGACUGGCCAGAUUAACGGGACGCUAGAAGACGUGGCCUACGGCGGUCUUGCCAAUACAAAGCACGCGUGGCUCGUGCGGAACUCGUACGUACACAACGACUCGUUCGACGACCGGAAGAUUCUGGCAGUAUUGCAGUCACCGAGCGAGGAGGAUCCGUUCCGGUCCGUGACCGUCAAGUGGGCUACCGCCGACUACGGCGCGUUUACUACCCGUCGUGACUUCACGUACCUUGAGUCACAGGGCAUGGCCUUCGAUUCAGACGGCGACCGUAUCUUUUACUACCUGAUUCACUCAAUCGAGCUUGAUGAUUGCCCGCGUCUCGACUUGAGCCACAAUAUCAUUCGCGUUCAACUAUCCGUGGCCUACAUCACGCGUCAGGUCAAUGAUGAUACCGUGGAGAUGUUUGGUCGUGGCUUUGCGGACCCUCGUGGCGACAUGAUCGAGAGCUACGGCGUGAUGCUGCUCGCCAACAAUAUCACUUCAUCUGCUGGUGUCGUGGAGUGCUCCAACAUGAAGAAGUUGAGCUACCUCAUGACGCUACGCCGACGCAGUGACGCGUCCGGUAUCAUCCAGUCUAGCGACUGCGGGGUGUGUCAUAAGUCUAUAAGCAGGCUCGGAGGACUGCUGCAGUCACCGUCAGGGUGCCCGGUUUGUCGCCGGGUGACAUGCAGUAAGUGCAGCGUCCAGAAGAAGCUCACGAUUGAGGCGUCGACGGAGAUUACGCAGAAGAACUUUACAUUCUGCCUACCCUGCGUCAUUGAGGCCAAGGAGCUGUCGGCAUGGGAGGUCGCUACGGCCUGCCUCCGCAGCGAAUAACGAUAGAUUGAUUAUAGGCGUAACUGGCGCCAGAUAUUUAAAUACAGCGAACAGGUUUUUUGAGCUCU